AGGUGCCACUCGCAGCCCAGAGGAGAGGACAGGAAACCCCCGGCACACGGUUCCCGAGUCUGAGCCCGCUCCCGGCCUUGGCCCCCGCGCCCCGGGCGGUGUCCCCGGAGCCGACGACGCCGAGGAGCAGCAGGGGCAGGCCCCACAUUCGUAUUCGGAGGCGGCGACCCCCGGGUUGCGGGAUGGAAGCGCGCGUCCGGAAGGCUGUGUAACUGGAGCCGCGGGAGUCAGCGGGCCGGAGAGCGUGGCGGGCCACCCUCGGCUCAGCCCGUGGAUGUUGACCACCCCCUCCGAGAGUCCCCGCAGACAUGGCGGAGAGCUGGCUACGCCUCUCCGGAGCGGAGGAGGCCCGGCCCGAGGGAGGCUUGGAGGAGCCCGACGCCCUGGAUGACAGCCUGACCAGCCUGCAGUGGCUGCAGGAAUUCUCCAUUCUCAACGCCAAGGCCCCCGCCUUGCCCCCGGGGGGCACUGACUCCCACGGCUACCACCAGGUGCCAGGCUCGGCCGCACCAGGGUCCCCCCUGGCGGCCGAUCCCGCCUGCCUGGGGCAGCCGCACACUCCAGGCAAGCCCACGUCGUCGUGCACGUCGCGGAGCUCGCCCCCGGGUCUGCAGGCCCCGCCCCCCGACGACGUGGACUAUGCCACCAAUCCGCACGUGAAGCCACCCUAUUCCUACGCUACGCUCAUCUGCAUGGCCAUGCAGGCUAGCAAGGCCACCAAGAUCACUCUGUCCGCCAUCUACAAAUGGAUCACGGACAACUUCUGCUACUUCCGCCAUGCAGAUCCCACCUGGCAGAAUUCCAUCCGCCACAACCUGUCCCUGAACAAGUGCUUCAUCAAAGUGCCUCGAGAGAAGGACGAGCCAGGCAAGGGGGGCUUCUGGCGCAUCGACCCUCAGUACGCCGAGCGCCUGCUUAGUGGGGCCUUUAAGAAGCGGCGGCUGCCCCAGGUCCACAUCCACCCGGCCUUCGCCCGCCAGGCCGCUCAGGAGCCCAGCGCUGCCCCGUGGGCCGGGCCGCUGACCGUGAACACCGAGGCCCAGCAGCUGCUACGGGAGUUCGAGGAGGCCACCGGGGAGGCGGGCUGGGGUGUGGGCGAGGGCAGGCUUGGCCAUAAGCGCAAACAGCCACUGCCCAAGCGGGUGGCCAAGGUCCCGCGGCCCCCCAGCACCCUGCUGCUGACCCAGGAGGAGCAGGGUGAGCUGGAGCCCCUCAAAGGCAACUUUGACUGGGAGGCCGUCUUCGACACCAGCACUCUGGGUGAGGAGCUGGGCACGCUGGAGGCCCUGGAGCUGAGCCCACCGCUGAGCCCCGCCUCGCACGGGGACGUGGACCUCACCGUCCACGGCCGCCACAUCGACUGCCCCGCCACCUGGGGGCCUUCAGUGGAGCAGGCUGCCGACAGCCUGGACUUCGACGAGACCUUCCUGGCCACAUCCUUCCUGCAGCACCCCUGGGACGAGAGUGGCAGUGGCUGCCUGCCUCCGGAGCCCCUCUUCGAGGCCGGGGAUGCUGCCCUGGCUGCCGACCUGCAGGACUGGGCCAGUGUGGGCGCCUUCUUGUAAGAGGCCAGGCCCCGCCCCACCUCCGGACAGCACCCGAGUCAGGGCCCAGACUGCCCCCCAACACAGGCCGAUUGAAUCCUACCGCCCAGGCAGGGGCUGGGCCAAGUCUCCCAAGGCUGGCCCCACUAGGCCACACGGUCCCUAGCCCGGGCUGCCCUCAGAAGACAGCCCAGGAGGCUGAGAACUGGGGCUCAGGACAAGAACUGCUGCCUCCCCUCCCCAGCCCCCCCACACACAGUGUUUCAUUGACCCUCAUCUUCCCUUCUCCAGGGACCGGCUAAAGAGCCCCCCACUGUGAGAGCAGCGGCCUGGAGGGGCGCUGCCCUGGCCGGGGAGCAACAGGACAGGGCCCGUCCCCAGCCCCUCGGCUCCAGGCUCCAGUGCUUCUCCCUCCCUCCCCGCAACCCCCCCCCCCACCGCCUUUCCUCCCCAGGUCUCUAUCCAGAGAAAGUUCCCAGGUACAACAAAUGCUAAUUAGGUGACAGCAAAUUAACCCCCUAGAGGCCUCUGCAGGCAAAGCCUCCCAGGGGCUGGGGCCGGGGCGGGCAGUAGAUGGGGCGCAGAGCUGGGGGAGGGGGCAGAGAGAGGAGACGGACGAGGUCGGGGUGCCAGGUGGGGCAAAGAAAUUUUCUAAGGCCUCUGGGGUCUUCUCCUGGCCCCAUCUCCAGAGGUGGGACAGAGGGUGGAAACUCUUCAUUUUUGAGCCCAACUGGAGGCUGAGAGCAGCAGGGAGUUGGG